AUGUUACCCAUCGGCCUCUUCUGGUUUGCAUGGACUUCAGACAAGGAUAUCCCCUGGGUGCCUCAAGCCGUCGCCGAUAUUAAUAUUGGCAUGAAAGUCUUCAUGGUUUUCGUGCAGAGCUUUGACUAUCUAGCUGAUGUGUACUUGGUAUUCGCCAAUUCAGCAAUCGCUGCCAAUACCACUUUGCGAUCUUUGUUAGCCGCUGGAUUCCCUCCCUUUGCAACUCAAAUAUACCAUAAGUUGGGAGUCAACUGGGCUAGUACUCUACUGGGUUUCCUGGCAGCUGCCAUGACUCCGGUGCCUAUCUACUUCUAUAUAUUCAGGAAGAAGAUCAGAGUGAUGAACGUCCUUACAUCCGAAGUGCAGCUGAGCAAAUGUGCAGACGGGACUUACUGCUCGUGCGGCCAAUCGAAUGUGAAUACCACAUGCUGUGAUAGCAAACUCGGAGAAAAUACAGCGCUAUCCGGCGCUCCCACCGCCCGCCUUCGCUCAAAUUGCCUGGCGGUCAUAGCGACAUACCACGUUUGUGUAUCAAUAAGAUACACCUUGGAGGUAGGAUAUGAGAUUUCCGUUCACGUUCGGGACAGGGAGCAAGGCUACACUCAAAAGGGCGUCGAGAAGGCAAAGGAGUGUACCGGAGGAGCUCCAGGGUAUCAGGAGCAAAUAUUCAUCCAAAUGUUCAAUGGCGUUUUCGAUUAA